AUGAAGCGGCACAACGUGGGCGAGUUGCCGCUGUCGUCGCCGGCGGGCGACGACAGGCGGCUGCUGGCGACGGAGGAGGCGGAGGACAAGAUGGACAAGUACGACAAGGGGCGGGUCCGCUGUUCCCGUCUCUGCUUCCUCUUCGCGCUCGCCGCCACCGUAUCCAUCCUCGCGCGCCACUGCUACGACGCCGGCCUAGGCCGUGGCGAUAGUGCCGGCGUGGUGCGCAUCGAGGCCGUGCAACACGGCCUGCCGCCGUCGGUGCAUCGAGAGAGGAAGAUCGUUCCGAUCGCUCGCAGCGGCGAGCCGUCGGAGUCCCGACAUUCCACCUCGGCUCCGGUGGACGACGGUGAUGACGCGUCGUCCAAGCCUUCGGCGUCACGGUCUGACGAGUCUGCCAAUCGAGGCAAAACAUCGUCCAAGCAGGGCUCGCCCUCGGGAACUCAUGCUCAUACCAAGCAGCGCGGCGGCCACCCCUUCGAGCGCGCGCUGGCCGCAGCCGACGACAAGGGCGACCUCUGCGGUGGUCAGUACAUCUACGUGCACGAACUGCCGGCCCGCUUCAACAGGGACAUGAUCCAGAACUGCGACAAGCUGUCGCCGUGGACGGACAUGUGCAGGUACACAACCAACGGCGGCUUUGGCCCGCUGCUCCGCGGCGGCAAGGGCGCGUUCCAGGGCAACGGCAACGGCUGGUACGACACCGACGAGCACGCGCUGGACAUCGUCUUCCACGAGCGGAUCAAGCGGUACGAGUGCCUCACCGACGACCCUUCCCUCGCGGCCGCCGUCUUCGUCCCGUUCUACGCCGGCCUCGACGUCGCGCGGCACCUCUGGGGUAACAACGUCUCCGCGAGGGACGACCUGGCGCUGGACCUGGUGAGCCUGCUCGCCAAGAGCCCCGAGUGGCGCGCCAUGGGCGGCCGCGACCACUUCUUCGUGGCCGGCCGCACCACGUGGGACUUCCGGCGGAAGGAUGACGCCCAUGCUGAGUGGGGGAGCAGGCUGCUGAAUCUCCCCGCAGCCAAGAACAUGACCGCGCUCGUGGUGGAGGCCAGCCCGUGGCACCUCAACGACGUCGCCAUUCCCUACCCGACCUCGUUCCACCCGGCGAGCGAUGAGGACCUCUUCUUCUGGCAGGACCGGGUGCGCGCGCUGAACCGCUCGUACCUCUUCUCCUUCGCCGGCGUGCCGCGCCCCGGCGACGCCAAGUCCAUCGAGGGCCACCUCGUCGACCAGUGCAAGGCGUCGGACUCCUGCUCUCUCUUGGAGUGUAGCACCACGGGUCCGGAUAACAAGUGCGAGUCCCCGGCCAGCGUCAUGAAGCUCUUCCAGAGCUCCACGUUCUGCCUCCUGCCGCGAGGAGCCACCGACACGCGCCGUCACGCCUUCGACGCCAUGCUAGCCGGGUGCAUCCCGGUGUUCUUCCACCCCGGCUCGGCGUACGUGCAGUACACCUGGCACCUGCCCAAGACCCACACCGACUACUCGGUGUACAUCCCCGAGGAUGACGUGCGCAAGAAGAACGAGAGCGUGGAGGAGAGGCUCCGGAAAAUACCGCCUGAAACGGUCCGGGCAAUGAGGGACGCCGUCGUCGGCCUCAUCCCGUCAGUGACCUACGGCGACGCGACGUCCAGGCUUGAGACGACGGUGAAGGAUGUGUUUGACAUCGCGGUGGCCGCUGUCAUCAACAAGGUGACGAAGCUGAGGAGGGGCAUCGUGGAGGGUCGAGCCGAGGAGGAGAGGCUGGAGAGGUAUAGCUGGAAGUACCCGUUGUUGGCAGAAGGGCAGAAGGCAGAGGACCAUCAUGAAUGGGAUCCCCUGUUCAAUUAG